AUGGAUAACGCGCACACUCGAGCCGUCGAGGCUCUACAACAAUUCAUUCACCUCGCAAAUGCCAACAGCGCCACAUCCCCACGCUUCGUCGCCAGCCUAAUCACAAAUGCCACCUCCAGCCCACACACUUACGUCUUCGGCGAGCUGCUCGAGACGCCAACCAUUCAGUCCCUAAGCUCCCCCGACACACCAGCAGAAUACCAGAGCUAUCUAAAGCUUCUACAGAUCUUCGCUUGGGGCACAUGGCAAGAUUACGAAGCAACACCCAACCUCCCAAAGCUAAGCUUCGAACAAGCCCAAAAACUCCGUCUCCUCUCACUCCUUUCCCUCGCAAAAACAAUCAAACCUCUCACCUACGAAUCUCUCAUGUCCGCUCUCUCCCUCUCUACACCUGGUGACCUCGAAGCCCUCGUCACAACUGCUAUUUACAGUUCCCUACUUACAGCGCGCUUAUCGCCAGCCGCUACACCGCCAACUAUCAAUGUGACAUCCGUCGCGCCGUUGCGGGACGUACAGCCGCAGUCCCUUCCGGGAAUGACCAGUGUCCUUGAGGAGUGGCAGCUGCGGUGCGGGGAGGUAAUCGGUGAUCUGGAAGCGGAGAUCCAAGCUGUGAAGUUGAAUGCGACUAAACGGGCUGCGAGGGAGGCGGCGCAUCAGCGUUUGUUUGAUGAGGCAUUGGAGAAGCGCAAGGCGGCUGGACCUGGGAGUGGAGGAGCUGGGGUAGGGAAUGCGGGGGGAAGUGGGAAGGGAGAGGGGGGUAAACGGCGUGGGCGGAGGGGGUUUUGGGGAAUGGGAAAUAAGCGGGAGGCGGAUGAUAUUGAUCAUGAUGAUGGAUUUUUUGAUGCGGGGGAGGGAAUGGAUAUUGAUGAGGGCGCUGGGGCAGCUGGGGCGGCGUCAGGACGGGGGAUUGGGAGCCGGACCAAGAGGAUACUUGCGGGUGGCCGGCAGGGUUAA